AUGCACGCCAAAGCAUCUGAAGUGAGGACGACUGGGAGGCUUGCUCCAGAAGCCUUCUCCUCAUCUGAACUAAAAUGCUGUGUAGACGCACACGUUGUCUCACUGCUGGAAUUGGAAGUGAAUGGGAUAGAAUUUGGGAGCCGAGAGCGCCUGUUUCUCUUUCUUCCUCCUAUAGUCAACUUUGUAGUGUGCCAACUGUUUGCCUUGCUUGCGGCUGUUUGGUUUCGAACAUACCUUCAUUCAAGCAAAACUAGCCCAUUUAUAAGACAUGUUGUUGCAACCCUCUUGGGCCUUUAUCUUGCACUUUUUUGUUUUGGAUGGUAUGCCUUACAUUUUGUUAUACAAAGUGGAAUUUCCUACUAUAUCAUGAUCAUAAUAGGAGUGGAAAAUAUGCACAAGUAUUGCUUUGUUUUUGCUUUGGGAUACCUCACUGUGUGCCAAAUUACUAGAGUCUAUAUCUUUGAUUAUGGACAGUAUUCUGCUGAUUUUUCUGGUCCAAUGAUGAUAAUCACACAGAAGAUCACUAGUUUGGCUUUUGAGAUUCAUGAUGGAAUGUUCCGGAAAAAUGAAGACUUGACUCCAUCACAGAGGUGCUUGGCUGUAAGACGCAUGCCAAGUCUACUGGAGUAUUUAAGUUACAACUGUAAUUUCAUGGGUAUCCUGGCAGGCCCGUUAUGCUCUUACAAAGACUAUAUUACUUUCAUUGAAGGCAGAUCAUACCAACUGCAACAGUCUGAAGCAAAUGGGAAGGAAGACACAAAAUAUGAACAAACGGAUCCUUCUCCCAAUAUAGCUGUGGCACAGAAACUCUUAAUCUGUGGACUGUCCUUACUUUUCCACAUGACUAUUACAAAGACUUUGCCUGUGGAAUACAACAUUGAUGAUAACUUCAGAGCUACAGCGUCAUGGCCUGUAAGGUUUUUCUACCUAUAUGUGUCUCUCAUGGCUGCCAGACCCAAGUAUUAUUUUGCAUGGACUUUAGCAGAUGCAAUUAAUAAUGCAGCCGGGUUUGGUUUUAGAGGCUAUGACAAAAAUGGAGUUACACGUUGGGAUUUAAUAUCAAAUCUGAGAAUCCAGCAAAUAGAGUUUUCCACAAGUUUCAAGAUGUUUCUUGAUAACUGGAAUAUCCAAACAGCUCUUUGGCUUAAAAGAGUGUGCUACGAGCGAGCCACCUUCAGCCCAACGAUCCAAACCUUCAUCCUCUCUGCCAUCUGGCAUGGAGUUUACCCAGGAUAUUAUUUAACGUUUCUAACAGGAGUACUAAUGACACUAGCAGCAAGAGCUAUAAGAAACAACAUCAGACACUAUUUUGUUGAAUCUCCUGCUGUUAAACUAUGUUAUGAUAUCGUAACAUGGAUGGCAACUCAAGUAGCAAUAAGUUACACAGUGGUGCCAUUUGUACUGCUCUCCGUAAAACCCUCUCUCACCUUUUACAGCUCCUGCUAUUUCUGUCUCCAUAUUGCCAGCAUCCUGGUGUUGUUGGUAUUUCCAUUGAAAAGAACUCAAAAAGGAAGUAAAAAGCAUGAAAGCAUCCAGCCCGUGUGGUCCAAAAAACUAGAAGAAGAAAAUCUUUUGCAAAAGAACAGUUAUUCCACAACAAAUAAUAGUUUCAGUCAGAAAGAAGAAGUAACCUGCAGAUAUCAAGCAUUAAAACAGUGAUUGAGGAAAUACUAUGAUGAAUAUAUUUUGUAUGUUUUCAGAAACCCAUUUUUAGCACCUUUUAAAGGGGUUUGUAUUUGUUUGCAAAGAUGUUUAGUAAGAAAAGAAUGCAUUACCUAGGAAAAUCACAUACAAUAGCAAGACUGGAAACAAAACAAAUUAACCCCUCCCAUGCCAUGUCCCUGUGGGUCACGCCUUAUCUGAAGAUAUUACCAUUAUUUCAAUGGGCACUCAGGACUUGCAACGUAUGUCCAUAGGGUCAUAUGUGUGCCCUUUGCUGAAUGUACGUUGUGUAUCCCAAGGCACUGAUGGGGUGGAAUCAAAUUGUGUCAAUCUAGGAUUAACAAAUGGAAAUUAACUUUUCCAAAUGAAUGACUUGCCUUAAACCCUCUAUUUACUGAAAUAUUGUUUCUAAGUGGGUGUUUUCAAGUUUGAUUUUAUGUGGAAAGCAUAUUUAUAGCAUAUGCUAUUAUAUAUUUGAAAGAAGAUAAAACUAGGAAAUGCAAAGUCAUUAGAAGGCUUUUGAUUCUUUAAAAGGGAAUUGCAAUAAGCAUCUCAGUAUUUGGAGGGUUUUCUUAAAGUAUCUCAAACUAUUACAGUACAUUACGGAACUGUAAACAUUACUGAUGCCAAAUUGUAGUUAGGUUUCUUUAAUAAAGAUUAUAAUUACACAUAGCCCUUCUGAAUGGAUUAAAAAAAAUAAACAACCAACCAGAAGGAUCACCUUUUUCAGGGCUUAAUAGCUCUAAUCUAGGUUUCUUUUACUUUAAAGUACCUAAAACAAUUAAUAAAAACACUGCCAAGUGGGCUUUGCAGCUAGAGAAGGAAAGGCAGCCAUAGGACACAGAAGACAAUGUGAAAGCACUAGGAUGUCAAUGAAAGUGUGGGUUUUACCCUUAAAUAUCAGAAAUACUUGUUCUAGAAUAGAACUGUUUUACCAAAAAUGAUUUUUAAUGCUUAAAGCUGUUUUGAGUUUUCAGGCAUACAGUGGUUAGUUGAUGAUGCUUUCAGUACAAAAUAGCAAAUUCACCUUGAGCUCCAAUGCACAGGUAGUCAAACAAGAAAUGACUAUCACAGCCAGUUUCUGUGUGCUUGAUCAUUGAUGGCCCUUUAUCCAAAGAAGUAUAUGAAUUUGAGGGAAACCUUUUUCUUUAAACUAGAAUUUUAGACGCAAAAUUCAUGUCGUAUUUGUGGGUAACAUAAAGAAAGAAAUCCUUCUGACUGAACUAUGGAAGUGUGUCGAGGGAAUAAUGCAGUGAUUUUUAUCUAUUCCAGACCAUUUAUUGUGAUGAUGGUCCCUGCUAGAGUACUACUGUUAAAGGGCUAUGUUUUAAUUGCUUAUAUUCUGUAUUUUCUUAUAAUUUUUUUAAGUAAACACAAACUGUUUAUCCACGUGGGGUUUUUUUUAGCUUUAAAACUGACACAAAAUACUACUGGAGAAAAAUAAUGCAGCUUGUUGAUUAAUAACCUACAAAUGAAUGAGAAAAAUUUUGUCAUAAUAUUUUGAACCUUAUAUUUUUCAUCAAAUAUCUGGCACUAGUGGGGUGAAUAUUCUUAGUACCAGAAGUGUGAUGAAGGUCCUCAGCUUUGGGGAUCCUACCGUGCAAAGAUAGUCACAGUACUGCUGGUUUGCUCUUAAAGAACCAGAUCCCAAGUCAGGUCAGAGUUGUUUCCUUGCUGUGAUAGUUCUGUCUCUGGCCUUUGGCUCUUUGCUGAAAACUCCAUGAGGAUAAUGUACCUUUUCCAUAUACGUAGGUUAGCAUUAAUUAAGCUACAGUUAAAAUGGGGGAACUAAAUAUGGAAUGAGAGUGGAUGAGCCUGUUUAGAUGAGUUGUUUCAGUGACGGCUGUUUUAUCUUUAAAAGAAAAUAAUCUGACUUCUAAAUCCUUACUUUGAUUCCCCAAGUAGGCCUCCCCUUCCAUGGGUUUGUGGUUGUCAUAGGUCUCUCUGAAACGGCAUUAUGGUUUUUUCUGUUGUUUAUGAGUAAGGACACACUAGUUUCUUCAUGUUUGAUUAUCCUCCAUAGAUACAGAAUCAGAAAAGACAUUUUUCCACUUCCUGUACUUGAAGGGACAUUUGCAUAAAAUAACGUAGAGAAUUGCACGCUUCUGGGUGGGUGAGUAGAGUUAGGGUUGAUUCUUUCAGCUUUUGUUCCUGUUGAACUUAAGUUCAUCUUGUCGGUGCCAUCUACGUAUCUACCCAACCAAGCACUUUUGGAUGCCAGUGCAACAUCUGAUGUGCCAUUUUUCCUCUUCAUGUUUUGCUACUCUUCUUUUCUUGUUUUGCAUGCGGGCCCGUGUGUGCGAUGAAGGCUUACUGAUCCUUCAUUCUGGAAUAUAAAAAGAGGUGUAAGCACUCCCAGAAAAUAAAGAGGUUUAGGAUAGGAAAGGCUGGUUCUUCAGUGUGAGGGAAUUCACAAGUACGGUUUUGUUCAGAACUUUUUAUAUGGGGAAGUUAAAACAGCUUAGAAAAUACAUACGUGCUUCAGUUGGGCACAGGUUUCAAAACUGGAUGUGGCUGCUGUCUGUGUGCAAUACAAUUAUUUUUUCUUCAUGAUCUGAACCCCUUAAAUAUUGCAAUACAAGAAAAUCAUGACAAUUGGUUCUGCACAGAAUUUAGUUUUAAGUGUAGUGUCCUAGAAUUUGCCCUUUAAAUGUCAUUGCUGAAUAUGAAAGUACUCUGAACCACAAUCUGCUCUGUGGAAAGAGGUUUUAUGUUUUAAUUGCAGCACUCCAAGAUUUUUAGAGAAAAAAAAAAAACAACCCUCAAGUUUUUAGUCAGCCUGGGGUUUUGUUGUUGUUGUUGCUUUCCCUGUGCUUUACUAGUUGCCUGCCUUGCUAUCACACUGGAUCCUUUCCAUCCAUUUGGUCAGAAAGUCAAGAGCAGCCAGUCCCAAGGCUUUAGAUAACUUUCAGGUGUUACACACAUCAUUUUAUAAUACUGAAUUUGACAGGAUGGCGGUGAUUUACUAUUGCUCUUGCUGAGAAAAAUAGUAGAAAGUAAAUUUCCUAGAAAUAUUUUGGGUGUGAAGGAAGCAUGGGUUUAAGUCUUCUUUCUCUUAUUAACUAAUGAAUAUCCAAAAAGUAAAACUGUUUUCUGUAUUGCAGAUCAGCACGUUAUGAGAAGUAAAUACAACAUAUCAUUCAGAAUUUUAUGGUGCUUUGCAGAUAUUCACCUAUUGUGAACAAUUCAUUUAGGCACUUAAUGAAUUCAUGAUAAUUAGUAAAUGUAGUCACCCUGAUAGUAACUAUUUGCUUGCUUAACCUUUUUUUUUUUUUUUUUUAAGCUUCAUGAUUCUGUAUCAAUGAAAGAGAUCUGUAUUUAAGGAGUACUUUCAGCGGUGCCUACUACUGUUGUAAUGGGGAAGGCUUGGUUAGCUUUACAGUUACAGAUACGCCCUUCUUAUUCAGGAAGCUUAUUCUUCCAUGGCCCUUCCUUAAGUUGACGUGUAGACAAGAUUUCAGUAAUAGGUGACGUUUUAGAAUACAUUACCCUGUACAAAUAUUGGUAUGCAUUUCAGUAUGCUCUUGAUAACAGAUCACAUUUUAGUGAGAAGACUUUGAGGAGAUCUUUGUAUAUCCCCUGCUCUACACUGACUUGUGGUAUGAGUUUUACCAGUAUAGUAUAUUAUUUAUUGGAAGAAUUUUACACUUAAAGAACUUGUUCUGCUUCUCCUAUGGGAACAAGUAAUGUGAAUAUAGAUGCUAUGCUUGUAUGACAGGAUGCACACUAGGAGUUGUGCCUCUGUUGAUGGUGUUGAUUUGUGGUUAAACAUCCUCUGAUGCAGAGGAGACCUUCAUAAGAUCCUCACCACCUGUCAAAUUCAUAUCAAGAGUAAUUUUAACAGAGCCUGGAUUUUUCUCUCAGAAGCUUUGCAAACAAAUUGUUGACAAUUUGUUUAAAUACAGGGUCAAAUGUGUCCUCACAUUUGCCUGCAAAUGUUUCACUGUUGCUUACAUGUAAACUUGUACAUGCUCAACUUUAUAAGUUGGCCUUGAAUGAUAAAGAAAUUUAAAAGCACAAGUUACAAGAAUUUAGGCUUUCAUUUCCCUUAAGUCUUUCACUUUGUAAUUCUCUUUGAAUUCUGAAAUCAGGUUUGAGAGUUUUUUGUUUUCAAUGAAAAUUUGGAAGUAUUGCCAUUUAUGUUGAAAAGUGAUCAGUGUUAGAAAAACAGAUGGAAAUAAAUUUAAGGAUUUAAAUAUGAUGCAGACUCUAUGUAUAAAAAAAUAUACAUUGGUUCUGUGCUGAUUCAUGAGAAGAUUUCAUUACAUGAUUAACCAUUAUGUAUUUAAGUCCAGUAAUACUCAGAAUAGCACUUGGGAGUAUUUUUUAAUUUCCUGUUAAAAAGUCAAUUGGCUAUAAGUCCUUAAACAAGUAUUUAAAUGCGAUGCUGAGUAAGAAUCUAAGCAGAUGCUGUAGUGAAUUGAGCCUGCUCAUUAGAUUACCAGAUCUGGAUCUAAGCUUGUUGGCGCUGUCGGUCUUGGUCCUUGUCACAGUCGUGGUGGAAAAGCUCGUGGUGAAGCAGUCUCUCAUAAGAACAGGUCCCAUCAGUGGGGAAGAGAGUUUGCCACAGGGUCUCUGGGGGUAUCUAACCCUACAUCCAGAGCUUGGCAGAGGGUCUACUUGCUUGCAACCCAGGCUGCUCUAUGCUCACUCUGCCUGGAUUUUAGAUGUGUUUGCUGUUUUAACCUAGAUAUUUUGCAAAUACCAUGAAAUUCAGGCAUCCACAAAGUCACCCUGCAAGGUUACAACUGCAAAUAUUGCAACAGUUGCAACAGUUUAUGGUCAAAACUAAAUGAAAAAAAAAAAGUACUUAAUUUCUUAAAAACUUGUUUUGAGGUGAGCUUGUUGUAUGUUUUUUACAAAACCUAACCACUAACUGUAACAAUUUUCAUCCCAUUAAAUAUUUAAAACAUUAUUUUGCUCACUUUAGGUAUAUAAAUGUGCAAAAGUAAAUUUUGCCACUUCAUUUUCUUCUGUGCAUUAGCUGUGUGUCCAGUGACAUUGGCCUGGUUUUGGUUUUAGACAUUUUUAGAUUGUCUAAAUCCAUGUACAUAUCCAUAUAAACAUUGUGUAAACUUUAUGAACUGACAAACUGUAGUUACAUGUAGUGUGCAUAAAUAUACUUAAAAUAGGCCAUAUCAAUAUUUACACGCGACUAGUGUUGAGCCGUCCAGUUGUACGUGACCUGUGCUGAAGGCUUGUUGGGCUCCAUUCUCAAGAGUACAGAGCUUUCUGCUUCCUAAAGUGGAAAUAGAAUCUGUUGGUUAGACUUUAAGUGGAAAGUAAAGAGCUUCUUUCGCUCUGUUGCAAAACCAACCCUUACAGGAUAUUCUGCUGCAGGUUAUGAAUACAAAACUUGACUUCAGAUACAUGACUGGAAUCUGCGUUAGGGCCACUUUUGGAGGAAACUUUUUAUAUUAAUAGUGACUCAGUCCAGCACCUUAUUCCAAACCAACCUCUUGGCAAAAGACCUCUGCACAAUCCUCUUCCUUCCUUUCAUUCUCUGAGGGAGGAAUACCCCAAGCUGAAUUUUCAUUUAGGUUUCACUACAGUAUGUCAUACGAACAAGUAGCUGUGGUCCAUGCUGUAGUUGGGUGAGGCUUCCAAACUGGGAAGAUGUUACCUGAAACAAAAUAAGAGAGGAACAGGGUGCCUAGAGACAGGUAAUCAGAAGAGCGCGACACUACGUAUUAAAGGUGCAACAAUCUUUUGUCACAAUAAGUUAAGCAGUAUUUGCCUACGCAUAUUUUGCCUUUCUAUGUGUUUAUCAGUUCUCUUUACAUCUUUUCUUUGUACCUUCUUUUGUCCAGUGGUGUUGACUAUUUCUAUGAAGAAUCUGCUGAUGUGUCUUACUGUGACAAAGGUGUCAAAAUGAUAAAAUAGUAAUUAGGUAGUUACUCUUAAAUCCCAGACCUCAGAUGUGUUCUAGAUCAGUUAGAAGAGAACAUUUGAAAUGUAUUGAAUGAAAAAUAGUGUAAGAUGGGUAAAUAUAGCAUUAUUCAAAGAUGUUGUAAUAAGUUAUUCGAUUUAAGAAUUUAAAACAUGGAACUUUGUUCUUUCCUGCCUUGGUUACACAUUCAAGGGAAUAGUUUUACCUCAAUGCAGAAGUAGUUACGCCUCCGACUACCCAUAUGUUUAAGGUGAGAAGACACCCCUAAAAGUGGAUAGCUACAGUAUUCCUAAAUUUGCCUUUCCUGGUUCAGAAUAUAAUGCAUUGUCGGUGAAUUUCAUUUUUAUUAUUCCAAAAUAUAUAUUUUUUAAAAAGUGUUAUUUUUCAACAGAUCCAUAAACUAAGUGUUGGUGUAUGGUAAAAUGCAAAUACCACUGUUAGUUACACUGUGAUUGUGAUAUUUUAAUAAUUACUUAUUUCUAAUUUGUCUCAGCAGUGCUGCAGAAGCAGCAUGCUGUUAUGUUUUAAAGGUGUUUUUAACUUGCCUAUAAAUGUUUUUUUCUAAUUUGUGUCUUUAAAUCUGAUUAAACUGUAGUU